CAUCUUUAACUUUCACUUUCGGCUCACCGCUGACAUUGGCGCUGGUAUUAUAUGUACGAAGUUAGAUUGAAAAUACUGUCUUGAAUAGUUUAUUGUUUUAGAAUAAUCGACGGAUAACGUUAUCAACAUCUGUUAAUAUGUUACCAAAUAAUUGAAAUCAAGCCCAUAUCGUUUGCUUCGAUCACAUCAGAGAUUACUUUCGUUUUCCUCUCACAAUCUUCUCUUCGUCUUUCGAGUUGAGCUUGUCAGCACUAAAGGUGAAGUUAUGUCAGAUUUAUCAGGGGGACUAAGGAAUGAACGCCCAGAUUCUGCUGAUGUUCUGCAACGUGAAGUCAUGACAGAUUUACUAGAGAAAAUAAAGGGGGAACACAAGGAUGUUGCUAAAGUUCUGCAAGACGCAGGUAUACGCAAUGACUCUGACACCCUGUCACUAACAGAACUGCUCGAGUUGUUUCCUGGACAUAAGUACCUCAAACUGAGGAGGACCAUCUUGGAAAUGAUACAGGAGCCUGGUCUGCUUCUAAGAAAAAUGAAAAACUUCAUCCCAAGUGAAGAUUUCAAGGCUGCUCUAACAGGCAACGGGGUCUUGGUUGAAUACCUCUGUAUCAUGAAGGAAAUGCAGACCCAUGUGAAGCAUAUCCUGAGUUUCCAUGAAGCUCACAUUCGUUUUCUCGAAGAAAACCUCCUAAAUCAGCCGGACCCGGAAUCAGCCCCCAAUCUAAAGGAGCCCCUCGGUAACAUCCCCCCUCAAGAAACACAUGGACACUCGUCAGAUUUACUGAAGGAAAUAGGGAAUCGAGACAGUGAUGCUGCUGAUGUUCUGCGAGAGGCAGAUUUAUGCAUCGACUCAGACAUCCGGUCACUGACUCGAGAAGACCUGCUCGAGCUGUUUCCUGGACCAAAGAAGUUCAAACUGAGAAGGGAGAUCUUUGAAAUGAUACACAAACAGAAGCCCGUUAAACAGCUCCCCCCCCACAAAGGUGAAUAACGGCAAUCCUUCCAGGGGUAUGUACAGCCUUUUAAUAUCCCUUUCACUUUCACAUUUGGCACAUACUUGCUAUUUUGGUAGGCGAAAAGCCCUGGAAAUGCUUGUCACUGAACUUUGAGUUCAGAGUAUGUCAUCCCAGACUUUGGCCAACUGGGUAAAGGGUAAACAUCUGUCCACCUUAGCAAACAUAUGUGCUCAGUUAAUCAAAUCUAGAUGGUUUAUUUUGUUGUCAGUAAUUGAAUUAUGCUAUUUCCUUGACAUUUUCCUUUUCGCUUCCAGUCAUACCGGUUCUCCAUGGUUGGUCUAAGUAGAACACUUUGAGCUUAUAACCCAAAAUGAAUGUCCUUUUUGGAGUUGAUGUUGAAAUCAAACGCUAGAAGAUAUGUAGUCAGUAAGUAUAUUUAUGCUUUCCAAAAACAGGUUCCUUCGUUGAUAGGAUGGACAUUUCUGAUCAACAACCACCACUGAAAAAAGAGCGCCCCAAGGUUGCGAAUAGAUGGAAAGUUACACUGAAGUACCAUAUGGUUGUUACCGGGACAACCUUUGAUGCCCAUUUACAUCUGAUGGAGAAAGUGAAGAAUGAAGUUAAGGAUAGGUUGGAUCUUGUUCAAAGCAACAGCGACAACUACGACGUCACUAUUGUCUUCUGUCCCAUCGUUUCUCGCAUCGGACCAGAUGUUGAGUCAGCCCUGAGAGAUGUUAAAGGCGAUAAACCUGUCAUUCUGGUUUUGAUGCACCACGCAUAUGAGGCCAAGUUCAUUCCAAAUGUGCAACAAGGAGCUAACGUUCAGCUGCAAGUUAACGUUUUCUUCCACGAGACGAAACGUGGACUGCUCGACUGUAGAGAAAAUGGAGAUGUUGUUUGCGAGAUAACAAAAUAUUUAAAAGAGAUCCCCAUUCCAAAUGCCCAGGUGGCUGCUGGACAUUCUGGAAAAUCUGACAAAAGCAAGACGGGCGGGGGCUUCUUCUCCCAAUUGUCAUUUAAUUUGUGAUCAUGACCUGACCUUAUUUAGCAGCUACCACACUUGCUAAUGUAUCCAACUGCUGGUGAAGACCUCAGCUGAUUGCCUAUAGAUGGGCCUUUUUCCUGUAAACUAAAUGAAUAACACGUGUAUUAUAGAUUAUCUUAACAAUUUAACUUUAGAUUUGGCAGUGUUGGUGCGAGCAACGAUGAUAUGUUUUCCUCUCAAGUAAAACAACAAAGUGUAAUGUAUCACUAACAACACAAGUCAAGCAGUCAAAAUGUGAUUCAUCAGACAGUUUUGAUUUUACUCUUCUACCAUAAUCUGAAAACUUAAUUGUAUUCUCCUUUUUGAGAAGAGAGGUUGGCUAGUAAUUUGUAGUCCAAUUAUUUAUAUCUCUGUGUAGGAUUUCUCCAGUUGCUACCGUGGUUUCUCUACUGUAUUAUGACAUGAAUGUAAAGGAAGUGAUUAAAGACUGCAACAAAGCUUAGUCAUUUGCCAAAAGAUUACCUUUCGAAUACAUACAGACAUACGCCAGAAAUGUAAUUAUUGCUGCAAAUAUUAGAAUGAAAUGAGCUGCACAGUAUAUUUGGUUUUAAUGCAUGAAUGUUAAUUUUUGCUGCAAUUAAUUCUAAAGAUUUGUUUCCCAGAGUUUAUGUUAUGUGUGAUGACGAUAUACUUAAUACUUUCUAUAAACUGCCGUUACAGCAGGUGCAAUCACUUUUUAGUCCUUUUUAGAUAUAGUUUAUAUGACAUACCAUCAUGAAGCUGGAACCUGUAUCUUUUUGACAUCAAUAGUUCAAGAAUAGUGUUGAGCCAAAUGAAUAAUACACUCUGAUAAUUUAAAAAAAACUUAAUUUAAUUAAUUUACAUUCUUUGGCCUGUAUCUUAAAUGUAACCUCAUUGUUAUGGCAGGGAAAUUGAAUCGCAAUCAGUUUUAAAGAUACGUUUUAUUUAAACUAUCGAAGCUUAUUUAAGCUUUGAUAUAUUUUAUAUGGAUAUUCACGUGGUUGGUGGACACUAAGUAAAAUGCAGCCAUCAAAACUGAGCAUCCAAUAAUGUAAGUCACAUGCAGAGGAGCAGUCAUGAAAUAAAAAUGUCAAAUACA